UCGAAGCGUUUUGUUUUCGAACCAAAAUUAAAUCUUUACUUGUUUUAUUCUUGUUUUAAAUCGUUUUUCUCGCAUAAAAAAAUAUUUCGAGUACCUUGCAGCUUAAUAUUUUAAAAAUCUCAACAGAUUUUUCAUAAAAUGGUCAGAGGCUGUGAGAAGAACAUGAAGACUAAGAGUCAACAAACUGCAAGACAGUGAGCUACCACUUCAUGUUCACAAUUUGAAAGGAUUUCAAAACUCUUCUUAUCUUUCCAUUAAAAGCGUAACGACUUGUGGUUACGAGCUGAAAUUUUCUGUCACAUGUAGUGAUUUUCAAUUGGCAUGUUCAUUUCGUGAGUCACAAGUCCGAAUCAAAAUGGCAAACAUAGCUGCUCAAAGAAUCAAGAGAGAAUUUAAAGAGGUUAUAAAAAGUGAAGAGGUUGCCAAAUGUGCCAUUAAAGUAGAGCUAGUAAGUGACAGCUAUACUGAGCUCAAGGGUGAGAUUGCAGGUCCACCUGAUACCCCAUAUGAAGGUGGUAACUUUGUUCUGGAAAUAAAAGUGCCAGAAACAUAUCCCUUCAAUCCUCCUAAGGUGCGCUUCCUUACAAAAAUAUGGCACCCAAAUAUUUCAUCAGUUACUGGUGCCAUAUGCUUAGACAUCCUUAAAGAUCAAUGGGCUGCUGCUAUGACUCUUCGCACUGUUCUACUUUCUCUUCAAGCACUAUUAUCAGCUGCAGAGCCCGAUGACCCUCAAGACGCUGUAGUUGCAAAGCAAUAUAAGGAUGCACCUGACAUGUUCCGUCUUACAGCUCGUCACUGGACUGCUGCAUAUGCUGGAGGACCAUAUAGCAAUCCAGAGUUUGAUUCAAAAAUUAGACGUCUUGCUGAUAUGGGCAUUGAAAGUCAUGAUGCCCGAGUUGCUCUUUCUUCUUUCAAUUGGGACCUUGAAAGAGCUACAGAGCAGUUGUUUAGCUAGCCUAUGUCACCUUGAUGUUUCGGGCCAAAUGGCUGUUAAUUGUACUUCAGUGAGCAGAACUCCCUGUUUUUGCAGCCUUUGCUGCACCGAACAAGCAGAAUGGCAGAUGCAUCAUGUUUUGGCAUCACGGAUUUGUGAAAUUACAUGGGUUGUGUUUUGUGAUCAAUGAUUCUCAUACUGUUUGCGUGAAUCUAUCUAUCCAAUACAUUAAGCUUGGACCUCAUCAUGUGUUAUGCCAAGAACUACAGACGGUUCCUCCAUUGUUGGUAAUUUUUGAUGUAUAUUUCUUUCAUACUUUAUUUAUUUAGGACCAACUGAGUGUGUUAAUAUGUUUAUGGUAACACAAAUUGUUUUAGUUGAUAAUAUGUGGAAAUCUAUUCAGUGAAAUAAGAAAGCAUUACUGUGUAAAGUUAUGGCUCUUUUUGUUUUUAUUUUUGGGGAGAUUAUUUUCAAUUUAAACAUACCAACUUCAAAAAAAGUUAUGAAGUACUUCAAUUUUGACAUCAGUCCAGAUUAUGUGCCUCAGUCAGGGCAACUCCAUUUUUUGCUGCAUACACUGUUAGUAAAUUUUCAAACACUCUGAGCUUUCUUUCUUCUAAUGUGUUUCUUUGAGUCAAAGCAGCAGCAAUGCUAUUCAAAGCUUGUGCUAUGUUCACUUCAGUUACAUUGUCACCUAAAGGGGGAUAAAAAUAAGUUUCAUCAUCUGAAAUUUCACUGAACAAAAAUCCUUAUUAACUGCUCACCUUGAGUUGAUCCAGGAAUAAGUUCUGGCUUAAUUUGUUGUUGUUGUUGUUUAUUUUUAAUCACUGUUGUUGUGCAUUGGUUUGGAUCAGAUAAUGUAUCCUGUGUUGCAUUUGAACCUGUUAAAUCAACACAUUCAGCCACAUCCUGCAAAGAAAAGGACACUUUUAGGAAUCAACUAAGGAAAAAAAAUCAAAGGUAUAGAAAAUAAGAGGACAUUCCCCAGAUCUCAAGGAACAUUUAAUUGCAAUUUUUAUUUAAUUUCUUCAUUUUAAUCAUUUUCUAUGUCAAUGCUGCUUGUUUUAUACUUUGAUAAGAAAAUGUUUUAUCACAAGGUUGCUGAAUUGUCGACUUGAACAUGCAAUUAAUUACCAGUGAUAGGGAUGAGAUUCAAAGAGUACUGCAGCUGAUUUUAAAUUUUAAAAUGAGUGUAUGUUUAAG